AUACAGUCUUAGACAAGGGAAACUAAUAUCUGGUCUAAGACUGUAGUAAAUUCUUGACUAUACUACCCAUAUGGCCUAAUAGACAUCAUUAAUUUAUAAAGGCCUGAUUCUGUCGUGUGUAAUGUGCAGUCAAGUGUAAUCGGUGUGUUUGGAGUGGCGAGUAGAAACGCUGCUGUGAUCAAAGAGGAAAAUAAUGAAAGUGUAAGUUCAGUACUGUCUAAUAAGCUUUGGUAAGACUUUACUAUUUUAUUUCUAAAAGAAGUAUGAUCUUUUCUGUAGUUUGUGCUUUAUUGUUUGUGACUCUUGAAAUGCAGAUGCAUCUGUUUUUGUGUUCCUCACGAGUGACGGCCACGCCAGAUAGAAUGUCUUUCUUCCUCUGAAAAUGCCUUGAAGUCUCUUGGGAACUUUGAGUUAUUUUUGCUGCUUUUAAAGGCUUCAUGUCUGUAUUCAUCCUGUGGAGAGCACCGGGGAAAAAAACUGCCCACCUCCCAUUUCCAUUCCCUCAUCCACUCCUGUUUCUUCAUCUUUCUGUUCUCUCAAUAUCGUAAAGUGUCUUAGUGCAUUUGUGGUUGGAUGUUUUGCAUUUUUUCUUUGUUUGCAACAUCUGGAGCAUUAAUGGUGCUGUAUCUGUGGAUACUGAAAGUAAAGGGAUGGAUGUUGAGGUAUUAGUGUGGUAGUCGAAGGGCAAAAGGUUAAUUACUUUUUUGUGGUAAUCCUGAAUCCGUAGAGGAUUUAGAGAAGAUCUUAUUUCUUUUCGUAUUCUUGACGGUACAGAUGUGACCUGUCUCUUGGACCAGCGCUCUCCAAGGUGUGUUAGAAAGGGCUUGCCAUGGUCACCAAAGACAACGCUAACUCUGGCUCUAUUGGAAAGACAACCUGUGUGAAGAAGCAAAAGUGUAUGAUGAACAAUUCUCAAAAGGCUGGGAAGCUUUUCAGGGACCCGCAGAAGACCAUAUUUGAACCUGAACUGACCUUAGAGGUCACGGCUGAUGAUGGAAGGAAAUCAAAUCCGACAGAGGUCGCAGCAAAUGGUGUUAUAGAAAAUGCUGUGAAUGAACAGACAUGUAAUAUAUGGAACGUUUCCAAUCUCCAAAAUCUGAAAGAGAUGCAAUAUCUGCACCACGAGGCCGAGGACAGCCUAAUCGACGCGUCACUGGACAUGGACAAGUCGUCUCUCAUGGGUUUCAUCGACUCCAGUAACCUGGAGAGCUCGGAGGAUGUUCAGACCGUUCCAUGCAUCCAGGUGGACAUUAAAACGGACGUGGUACUGAUUGAUGAGGAUGAUGAUGAUAUGUCCCUAAGGGAGAGGACAGUGACGGACAUGUCUACUACAGACGGGAAUGCGGCUGAGCUUGUGUGUGGGCGUCUCCAGUCAAUCUCCUCUGACUCCUCCCACUCGUUGUGUGAUGGGCGGAGUCAAGAGCAGGGCUCGACCAUGGAGAUGCCUCAUGAGGAGCAGGAGCUGCCCAAAACACACAAACGCUCCUGCUGCCUCUGUGUUAUCAUAUGAAGUUUCUCUAAAAAGGGGCAAUAUUAUACACUUUUUAAACAGUAUUUUUUUUCUUAAAGGUAAUUUUAUAAUGUUAAGGCCUGUUCACAUCAAGGACAAUAAAGAUGACUAUAACUAUAAUAGACAAUAUCGUUCUGUUUAUUAUGAGCUCACGCUGCAGUUUUGUCGUCUGUCACUUUAAAUGCUUGAGCGCUUUAAAGAAGGAUGGAUUCUGAAUUUUUUUAUCGUUUCAUCAGCUGGAAAAAAUGCUUAUUGUCAGAAUAUGCAAAAUAGAAAAUACUCGCGGGACUUUCUAACAUUUACAGAGAAGGAUACAAAUAUACGUUAAAGAAAAAAAGUAAAAAAAAAAAAAAAAAAACCCAUAAAAUGUAAGUUACGUGCUGAGGAAAACACGUGUCAAAGGCAGUAAACAGCACGCGCAUCUGUCAGAGCACGAGAGGGGAAGACACGGUAAACGCUAAUGCUUUUGUUUGAAGUGCUUAUAAAUAUAAAGCAAGUUUCGGACAACCUGGAUCAUGUACCCUUCACGGAGCAGGCCUCUCUGUGUCCUCCGCUAUUUUUCCAUAUGCGGUUUGUCUAUAGAAAUGGGUUAUUCACUACUGUAAAGCGUCGUGACUGGCUAAUGGUUUCCGAGCACAGCGCGCAGACGCGACUAAUCGAUAAUCAAAUUCGUUGUCGAUAAUAAUCGAUUUUAUCGAUUAAUGUUGAAGCCCUAAUAUCUUUAUUGUUAUAGUUAUCGUCCUUGGUGUGAUCGUACCUUUAGUAAAGGUUUCUUGCACCCAAAACAGUCAUAAUUAAGUUUUUCAUGACCACUUUUAAAUCUCUCUUUCUGACCCUCAUAAUUAAACAAGCUUAAUUGUCAUUUUAAAGUCAUAAAAUGACAUUCGUAACCUAUUUUACUUUCAUAAUGUGACAUGUUUCCUAGUGAAAGAAUAUUUUAAUGAGGAAAAGGUAGGGAAGGACAUUUUAUAAUGUUAGUCAAGGUCAUAAUCAAAUUUUUCAUGACCAUUUUUAAAUCUCUCUUGAACACUUCGAAUUAAACAAGCCCAUUUUCCUUUUAAAGUCAUAAAAUGAUGUUUGUAACCUGUACUUCCAUAAUAUGACAUAUUUCCAAAUGAAAGAAUAUUUUAAUGAGGAAAAAAAAGGUAGGGAAGGACUCAGAUUUACUUAUUGGAUCAUGAAAAGUGGAGCUCUUUUACAUCAGAAGAAGAAAAAGCCUGUUUUCCAUGAUAUGCCUUCUGAAGGAGUAAAUUUGUUUCUGCAUGAGCACAGUUGCUGUGAGGAUCUAGUUUAAGGUUUUGAAAGCUGAUGCUGCCAGUCAUAGCUAGUUUAAACCUAACCAGAUUUUGUAUUUAUUUUUGAUUUGGGCUGCUUUUCCUGUGCGUCUGGCACAAUAGUGUUUUUGUGAAUUAUACAUUUUGUAUGUGUUUGUCUUUUAUCGCAGUUGCUUCGUAACCCUGGGCUUGUGAAAUAUUCAGUGCUGAGCUGAGUUUGUAAGAGGUCAGAGAGCACUGCUGGAAAUGUGCAGGUACAAUCAACUGCACAAAACAUGAGGAAAAACUCCGAUAUUUCUAGCUAGGCAAGCUCAAUUGUGUUCGGUCGGUGACCAAAAUGUGUCAGAACACUGUUAAAAAAAACACAAUGUAAGUACGAUUUGCCUUCAGAGGUGCUAUAGUGGGUGUUAACCUGCAUUAAGAGCAUGAUUAUUACUAGAUACACCAUUUAAAAGUUUGGGGUUGGUGAGAUUUUUUUUUAAUGUUUUUGAAAGAAGUCUCUUGUACUCACCAAGGCUGUAAGUAUUUAAUCAAAAAUUACAGUAAAAAUAGUAAUAUUGUGAAAUAUUAUUACAAUUUAAAAUAACUGUUUUCUAUUUGAAUAUAUUUUAAAACAUAAUUUAUUCCUGUUAUUUAUUCCUGAAUUUUCAGCAUCAUUACUCCAGUCUUCAGUGUCACAUGAUCCUUCAGAAAUCAUUCGAAUAUGAUGAUUUGCUGCUCAUGAAACAUUUCUUAUUAUUAUCAAUGUUGAGAACAGUUGUGCUGAUUAAUAUUUUUAAAGGAAAUCUUUUUUUAGGAUUCUAUCAUGAAUAGAAAGUUCAAAAGGGCAGCAUUUAUUAUGUCACAUUAUAAAUGUCUUUACUGUCACAUUUGAUCAACUUAAUGCGUCCUUGCUGAAUAAAAGUAUUAAUUUAUUUCAAAAACAUAAAUCUUACUGACUCCAAACUUUUAAACAACAACUGUUUAAAUGACAUUUGAAAGUAGUUUUAAUUUUGGUACCAGUAUUUAAAAGAAAAUACAGCACCUUUCCACUGCCAGUGUGACGAAUGAGCCUGACGUAAUAUUAGCUGCAAUUUUUAAAAUGUUUUAUCGGACUGCCAAAACUUUUUACACACAACAUUUCUAUGCUUAAUUAGGCUAAAAAGCUUCUAAUUUCUAAGAGGCUUAAUUCAAAGCAUAGCGUCCAGUUGUCUUGCAUGCAAUGCUGUAACAAUGUUGCGUACUACUUUUUGAAACGUUUAGCACAUAUACUUAAAAAAUAUACUUUCACAUACUUAAAAAAUAUUAAGUGUGUACUGUGCAGUUUGCACUAGUUUUAUAAACAUCUCAGAUGGCAGAACUGGCACAUUUUCUGUACAGUGAGCUCUAUCUCUUCAUAUGGCUACAAUGGUGUCUGUUUUGUACAUUUGAAUAAAAGUAGUGCAUAUGUUCACA